AUGGGAAGAAACUACAUGUUACAGCCCAAAGAGCCCUUACCUAGAACCUCUUUUCUCCACAGGUGUCCCUGGUUGACAAAAGCCAUCUCCCCAGCCAUCCCAGUGUACAAUGGGCUCGUGUUCUUGUUUGUACUGGCAAACUUCAGCAUGGCAACUUUCAUGGACCCUGGAGUUUUCCCACGAGCAGAUGAAGAUGAAGAUAAAGACGAUGACUUCCGAGCUCCACUCUACAAGAAUGUGGAGAUUAAAGGAAUCCAAGUACGGAUGAAAUGGUGUGCCACCUGCCACUUCUACCGUCCUCCACGCUGCUCUCACUGCAGCGUCUGUGACAACUGUGUUGAGGAUUUUGACCAUCACUGCCCAUGGGUCAACAAUUGCAUAGGACGGAGGAACUACCGCUAUUUUUUUCUCUUCUUGCUGUCCUUAAGCACACAUAUGGUUGGAGUAUUCACCUUUGGGCUCAUCUUCGUACUAAACCAUAUGGAAAAGCUGGGAGCAGCUCAUACUACCAUUACAAUGGCUGUCAUGUGUGUGGCUGGCUUAUUCUUUAUUCCAGUAAUUGGUCUCACUGGCUUCCAUAUCGUUCUAGUGGCCCGAGGACGCACAACAAAUGAACAGGUGACAGGUAAAUUUCGUGGGGGAGUGAAUCCUUUUACUCGAGGAUGCUGCGGAAACGUGGAACAUGUGCUCUGCAGCCCCUUGGCUCCCAGGUAUGUAGUUGAGCCCAAGAAAAAGCAAGCUGUGAGUGUGAAGCCUCCUUUCCUCAGGCCUGAUUUAUCUGAGCGGCAGAUUACGGUGAAGAUCAGCGACAAUGGGAUCCAAGCCAACCUCAACCGGAGCAAGUCUAAAAUUAGCCUGGAAGGCUUGGAAGAUAAAAGUAUGGAUGUGCAACCACCUCUCCCACCCAAAGGAGAUCCAAGCAAGUACUCCGAGCUAAAAGGGCAGCUGGGGACCAGUGAAGAAGGUGGCCUUUCACCCAAACUUAUCAGCCCUCCUACACCUGCCAUGUACAAGUAUCGACCAGCUUUCAGCAACAAUCCCAAAGUCCACUACCACGCUACGGCUGAGCAGAUCACGAUGCAGGAGGGACACAGUCAAGGGGCUUUGAUAGAAGAGGAUGGCAGGAGCCUUGAUUACCAGUCCGAACCCAGCUUGGACAUCCCCAGCUACCGGAAGAGCUCCCUCCACAAGACCUAUCAGUCUUCCCCACUCCAGAUAGAUUCCUUUGCUAUCAAUUCACGAUCCCUGAGCCUGAAAUCUGCUGGCAGGAGAGGGACAGACAAAGUGCCCCUCCAUCCAAUAAAGUCUGAAGGGGCAGCUUCCACCCCUUACAAAAGCAUCUUUUCUCCCAACUCCCUGUCAAACAGAAAUGGGAGUCUUUCAUAUGACAGUUUGCUAAACCCCAUGUCGCCCUCGGGAAGGAAGUGCAUCGCCCAUUCUGCCGUCAGCUCCGUUGGGUACCACUCCCCGUAUUUAUCAGCCAAAAUGUGCCAUCUACGGGGGAGCGAGCUGCAGCGCCAACCACCGCAGAGCUUCAGCCCAGUGCUGGGGAGUCCAGCUCCACAUCAGCGAGACCCCUCCCCAGUCCGCUAUGAUAACCUUUCCAAAACCAUUAUGGCAUCCAUCCAGGAGAGGAAAGAGAUGGAAGAGAGGGAGAAGCUCCUCCACUCGCACCCUGAUUCGGUGUUUGCAGACUCAGGUGUCUAUGACACCCCUAGCUCCUACAGCCUUCAGCAAGUCAGCACGCUCUCUGAAGACCCGCGCAGCAUGGCCAUGAGAUACGGAUCUAGAGACAAUCUCAUGGCUGCUACCAGUUUUAGCACAAGGAAUCCUCUACUGCAGUCCUCAGUGUCUUCACUUUCAAGUGCAAUGACAAGAGCACCAAGGACUUCCACAACCUCUCUGCAAGCUGAUUUAGCCAAUAAUAAUGUCCAGUCACAUCAAGCACUACAGGGCAGGGUGAGCAAUGGCUCCUACAAAUCUCCAGGCCACCAGGUCCCGUCGUCCCCCACAGGGAUGCCUAGGUCACCCUCUUACGGAGGCCCAAAGGCUGUCUCAUUUGUAAACACUGUGGAAAUUACGGAGGUGCAAUCAGUAGGAGCACAAAGGGAUGAGUUGCAGUUGAAGACACCUCACAGUAAAAUAAAUGGACAGCCAAAAGGAAUAUCCAGGUUGGGUUCAACAUCAAGUUCCCAGGGGACACCUGUCAGCCCUGCUAGACACUCAAAUGUUAAGAAGGUGUCUGGAGUUGGUGGAACAACCUAUGAAAUUUCAGUGUAA